CGUAAAUCGUAUCUCGUCUGUCUGCACUUUUGUCUGUAGUUUGCUAGGAAUUUGUCAAAUUGUAACUACGCAAAAAUGUUUGCUAAAAACGGAGUCAAUUUUCUUAUUCGCAAUGCUGCUGUUAUGAAAACAUCUCCGGCUAUUAGAUCUUUUUCUAUAACGGCAGUAAAAAGUGAUAUUGUAAAAAUUCAAAGUACUGAUGAUUUCAAAGACAAAGUCAUCAACAGCAAAGUCCCAGUCGUAGUUGAUUUCUUUGCUACAUGGUGCAAUCCUUGUCGUCUACUGACUCCCAGGUUGGAGUCAAUCAUCUCCGAAAGUAAGGGAAAGGUGGUACUAGCUAAAGUUGACAUUGAUGAACAGGCAGACUUGGCUUUAGAUUAUGAUGUAAGCUCUGUACCUGUCUUAGUGGCUAUAAAGAAUGGAAAAGUAUUACAUCGCCUUGUUGGCUUGCAAGAUACCGAUAAGCUGCGCAAGUGGAUUGAAGACUUUACUUCUGAUGAGAGCAAGCAAAAAGUUAAUGUCUAGGCUGUGUUAUUAGCACUUACUUAAUUUAUUGUUGUUACCAUGUAGUUGAUAUUAAAAAUAAAGCAAA